AUGUCUUACUACAAUCCUUACAACAACGGCAGCUGCAACAACGGAAUCGGACACGGAGCUGUCCCUUAUGGAACUGGAAUCGGACAUGGAGCUGUGCCAGUUCAAGUCGUUCCAGUGGUUCAACCAGUGAUUGUCCACGAUACUCAUCACCAUGGCCAUCAUGAUCAUCACCACCACGGACACCACAACCCAGUCGCUGAAGUUGUGCAUCACAUGAUUCAUCCACAUGGGCACCAUCAUGAGCAUCAUCAUGGACAUCAUGGCCACCAUGGUCACCAU